AUGCACAGCACAACCAAAAAUGAGUAUGGAGUGGGUCUUGAAGUAUCAACUUCCGGCGACAUGUACAGCUUUGGGAUUCUUAUGUUGGAAAUGCUUACAGGAAGAAGUCCCACCGAUGAAAUGUUUGAAGAUGGUCAAAAUCUUCGUAACUUCAUUAUAACUUCAUUUCCUGAUAAUCUUCUGCAGAUUUUGGAUCCACGACUUAUUCCAAUAUAUGAAGCACCACCGUUGAAAGGAAACAAUUGGAAUCUUGAUCCAAAUGUUGAGAUGUGCUUACUUUCCCUUUUUAGAAUUGGACUUUCUUGUUCUUCGGAAUCACCAAAAGAUAGAUUGGAUAUUGCUGAUGUCACUCGGGAGCUUAACAGAAUCAGUGAGACCUUUCUCGUUGGUGUGAAUACUUCGGAAGAGUUAAAUCUGAAAUCAAAUGCUGUAGUAAUUUAG